AUGCUUUUGCGACUGGUUCUGUACGUGGAUGACGUGCGCCUUCCUUUGGACAUGAGGGACACGUGCAUGCGCGCCCACAACAUGUCGGAGCUAGCAGGUUACUUGAAAAAAGUACUGCAUCGGCCCCCAAGGGUUAUUUUGUACUGGAACUUUGAGCACAAGCGGUACGAACUGCUGACAUCAUUGCAGACUCUUCUGCAACGGCACAGUAACGGCGAUGCUGCCCACGAUGUAAAUGCGGACGUUGCCGUGUUGGCACAUUUGUGGGUGGAGACGAGGCCGCCGCGGCUAGACCCUGUGGACCCGGAUUCGGAUGUCGAGGAAUACGCGGAGCUCAAGAACCAUCUGCAGUGUUGGGCAGGGAAUAAGUACGUUAUGUUUUGUCUUCAAAGUGCCUUACGCGUGACCGACCCGAGGAAUGAACGUUUGUUUGACGAUUUACGGUGUGCACGGAUGGGUGGUGACCCCGAACACGUUGAACUCCUCUACUACACAAAUAAUUCCCUUGGUAGCAGCGAGGUGCUGCAGCGCGGGUUUGAACGGGGAGGAGAGAGCGGUUUGAGCCCGGCACCACUGAACUCCGCCUCGCCAGCCACUGCGGAUGCACGGCUGCCGCCUCUGUUUGUCUUUUCCUCCUCCAUGAAGGACCAGGACGACAAGGAAGUUUUUCCUUCUGAGCCGCACAAAGUUCUCUUGUGCGAAGUCGCGUUGGGCCGCGUGUGGUUUUCUGAUGUUCCACUUUCGAAGGGAAUUGAGGCACCGCCAUCCGGCUACGAUAGCGUGUGCUACCGUAUGGAGAGGGAGGACGGGGGCAUUGUGAAGACAGUUUGCGUGGGAAAAAACUUUCAGGCCUUGCCGCGCUACGUGUUGACGCUGGUCGCGAAAAAACGUGAUCGCCGGGAAAAAGUUUUUUGUGGCAUUCACACUGGCGCCGGUGUCUCGCCGGCACCAAGCCCAAGUCGUCGGGCGGGGAGCGUUGGCAGUCAUCCGUGUGUAAAUACUGGAAUUACAUCACCUGUGCAUUCCUAUCCGAAAAGGACCGCUUCGGCACCCCCGCUGGUGAAUGGGGGGCGAACGCGCUCUCAGUUGUUCUCCACCAUUGUCCAUUGUGCUGUGCACAGCGGCAUACUCUUGGGGCUCUGGUGCUCGACGUGUGGUCACGUCAUUUGCCCGUACUGUGCCUCCGUUGGUGACCACCGGGGUCAUGAGGUGGCAGGUGUAGAAAACGUUGUGGGUGACGUGCGAGGAAGAGUACGGGGGCUUUGCCAUCGACUUUCCGUGCAGCUUGAAAAUUACCAGCGCGUUGAGUCUCAGCUUAAGUCGCAGCGGACGGAACUGCUGGAGAAGCAUAAAGCGGCAACGUCUGCGGUGGAAAAAGCCUUUUCUGACCUGCGGCGCCUUAUUGAGAUCAAACGACGGGAAUGGAUAGCACGUCUGCACGAGCAUACCCGCUGCCUAGAUGAGCCUCUGAAGGAGGUGGGGCACGUUGUGCAGCAGUACACGAGGACCAUCCAAUCGUUGGAGCAUUCAUGGGAGCGAGCAGGCGGACAGUGCUUUUCUUUUGUGGAUGCCGAAGGGGAUGUGCCUGCUGCGGUGGUUAUUGUCACUUACUUGAUAGAGACGUCCAAGCUAUUGAAGGAGGGACUUUCUUUGGCAGGGAAGCGCCAUGACGAGGGGUUGAUAAAGGCGGCCAAUGCAUCUAAACUACUUUUGUCCAAUGAGGCCACUCUUUUCCAUGUUGAUCUCUCAACCGUGCGCCGGAGCGUCGAACAGCUUCUUUCUGAAAAGCGUGCGGAUCCUUCCAAGAAAUCUUUGGCAGCGGCUGUAUCAGCUGUUAAAAGUCCAGGGACGCAUCCUGUGUCCUCCGAAAAGAAAUUAACAGGCGGUAUUUCCGGGCAAUUUGCUACCGCAACGCCUCUGCCGUCAUUAUUGUUGCCACGGGCCGAUGGGAAAAUGAAUGAAUUACCGCACGAUGAUCCCUUUUUGGAUGCACAGAGCACAGCACGACAGCAGUUAUUUUCGCGGCGCUUCUCAGAUGUUUGUAAAGGGUUUAUUUGGUGUUUGCGCAACGUAAGUAAUUACUUUCAUCAUGGCCAACGUCGAGCGGUAUGCUCUGGAACAUUUAAUUUGAUGGGUUUUCAGUGGGAUCUUCGAAUCCAGGCUCCAGAUGCGAUGGCGAGGGAUGGCACAAAUGCCAGUCAAACCGAGCAUUCUGGCGAGGAUGAAUCUGUUGGGCUUUUUUUGUAUCCUGUCGGCCACACACAGCGUCUGGACUUCCGUGUUUCCGUUUUUUCAGCGGUGUGCUGGGCGGAGUGGGAGGUUUCCGGGUGGACGGCGUCAUUUGCUGGUAAAGGGUGGGGCAUUUACCCCUUGUUGCCGCGUCGAGAGUUGAUGCAGAGGGAUCGACUGGCGUCGGACGACAUGUUGAAGAUCUGCUUGGCGCCUACCAGUGGCGUCUAUUAG